CACCUCUCUUAGCAAGCCAACUCCUCUAUUAUCAUCUCCUCAGGCCAUUUGGGCCUACAUAUGGGGCGCUUCGCCUCCUCCCUUUCUCUUAACGCGGUGCGACACUUAUAACAUCCAAUUCCGCCUCCCUAUCUGGACGACGAAAUGAAGGUGAAUAGUCUUAAGCGCAUGGACUCACCGGCAGACGGCGGCGCGCCGGGGCUCCGGCGCAGCGCGAGCGCGAAGCAGGCGCCCUCCCCGUCGCCGCUCAGCGGCAACAACGCCUCCUCUCAGAAGCAGCCGCCGCGCGCCUCCACCUCUACCUCCUUGGCGCCCGGGUACCCGCGCAAGGCGCCGUCCAUCAACUGCAUCGCGGCCACCUCCACCGACACCCCGCCGGCCACCCCCAGAGGCAAAACCAAGCAGCCGUCGUCGGCGUCCUCGUCGUCGUACUACUCGUCGAUGUUUUCCCCGAGGAAGCUCAUGCAGCGCGCCUCCCGCGCCUUCCGCGGAUCCGGCAGGUCCCGCCGCAAGAAGAACGCGAUGGCGGCGGCGGCCGUGGAUGGCGGCGAUGUGGACAGCCCAAGGUCCGUCGUCAGCAAGGGCUCCGACGCCGACAGCGUCUUUUCGUUGGACGAUCAGAUCAUCGCCGACGGUGACGUCGCAAAGCAGCAAGAGGAGGAGGUCGUCCCGGAGAAGAUCAUACACGAGGCGAACCCGUCGCCGGCGCCCGUUGCCACGGAGCAGAAGGACGAGGGACGCGACAACACGCAGGAGGAGACCUCUGCCACCAAGGAGGAAGCGGAGCCGAAGAAGGAAUCGGCUCCUCCUGCGCCGGAGGACAACGUCGCGGAUGAGAUCGCGGCGGCGAAGGAUGCGGUGAAGGAGAAGGAGCAGCGCGAGGAGGUGAUCAAGGCGGAGGUGGUGAAGAGGUUCCAGGGGAGGCGGGUGAGGACGACCUCGACGGAGAGGCGGGAGUCGGCCCGGAGCAACGAGGCGAUCGAGGAGGCGAGGACCAAGCUGCUGGAGCUGAGGCAGGGGAACAGGGUGCAGGCACUCGUCGGCGCCUUCGAGACCGUCAUGGAUAGUCCCCAGCGCCGCGCCGCCGCCGGCAAGCCGCAGCUCAACCUCCGCGUCUGAAGACUCUGAACUGCAUCCCGAUCCAUCCAUGAGCGUGCAUGCGCUCCGCCUCCUUUGUUCCCGCUAAUCUAUUACCCUUAUCAACCCCGAUUUGUUGUCGUCGUUCGACCUAUCCAAAGGAGGAAGAUGAUCGAGGAGUUACUACUAUUCUCUACCUUAAUAAUUAAGGAGGAAUUUGGUGUAUGUUUACUCUAAAUUAUCAACACGAUUGCAUCGCUUUCUCCUACA